GGACGGAGAGACGGUGCAGAAGGAGAGCGGAGCACCUCAGGCUGGGCGUCUGUCACGCUACGAGGCGUCGGGAUAACGGGGGAGGAAUAUGUGACCGGCCUUUUCUUUGGGUGUUUCACAGCGAGGCGGUAACGUUGCCACGGCCACAGUGAUCCCAUCAUCCUGGGCCUUUGUGGAUUAACUGGCUGCCUUUAUCUAGAGUGAUGCCCUAUUGAUUACUACUUUCUAACAAAGCCCAUGGAUUACAGUCAGGGGCCUGGAAAACCUUUGAUCAUAGCUUUACAUCAGGAUAUUCCAAGCCAAGCACUCAAGUAGAUCACAGUUUUUUCAGCUGUUACAUCUAAAUAGCAUUUUAGAUUUUUCUUCCUGGCAUCCAUGCAAAACGUUUUGUUUUGGCAGGUAUGAGAAUGUUGUAAAUGCUCUGGCCUCUAACUGAGUUUUCUCUAGUGAGAAAGUUCUCUCAGGAAAUCAGCUGAAUUCAUGGAUUACUGCACCAUCCUAAAUUUUUGAUUUAGCUGAUUUAUUCAUUAGGCUCAAACAUCUCCACAUUCACAGUGAGCCCCCUCCUAACGACUUACCAUGUACGGGAGCUCGCGUUCUGUUUCAAAGCUGGACGUGGUUGGAUCCAACGGUAAUGGGUCAGUAUCUGGGAGUCCGGGUCGAUCCCCGCGUCUCCCUCGCUCUCCUUGCCUUGGCCACAGAAGGAACAGCGGCAGCAGCUCCACCGGUGGACUCACUGGCUCUGGUAAAACCCUGUCCAUGGAGAAUAUUCAGUCUCUUAAUGCCGCCUAUGCCACAGGCGGCCCUAUGUACUUCACUGACACAGCUGAAGACCCAGUCGGCAUUGGGAGCGUGGGCAGUGGGCUGAAUCCUUCUCUGCCCAAAAGCACCAUGACCCUGGGCAGGGCUGGAGUGAGGGUCCCCUAUGGAGUCAGAGCGGCCGUUAUGGGGAGCAGUCCUAAUAUAAACACUGGAGGAGGAGGGGGGAGCAGCGGAGCGGUCAUGCCCAGUGAUGCAAUAGCAUUUGGGAGCGAGCUGCAAAAUCAGCCUUCACAGGCGGCUACUGUGCCCCACUCAAUGAGACAGGUCAGAGAUGGGGCCAUGUCUGACCUUCAGACACAACUAAGAGAAGUGCUGAGAGAGAACGAACUCCUGCGCAGAGAACUGGAAGUUAAAGAGUCCAAACUGAGCUCCUCGAUGAACUCCAUCAAGACCUUUUGGAGUCCAGAACUGAAGAAGGAACGAGCUCUGAGGAAGGACGAGGCCACGAAGAUUUCUGUGUGGAAGGAACAAUACAGAGUCGUGCAGGAGGAAACACAGCAUUUUCAAUGCACCAUCCAGGCUUUACAAGAUGAGCUGCGAAUUCAACGAGAUCUCAACCAGCUCUUCCAGUCGGAUUACUCAGAGUCCGGUGGCCUUGGAAGCCAGCCUAUCCCCCCUCAGGAAAUGACAGAGGAGAACUUCCUGCGUCUCCACAGCGAAUAUGAGCGGCAGGUCAAAGAGCUCUUCCUCCUGAGGAAGACUGUGGAAGAAAUGGAGCUGAGGAUAGACACGCAGAAACACACGCUAACUGCCAGGGAUGAGUCAAUAAAGAAGUUACUGGAAAUGUUGCAAAGUAAAGGCCUGUCGUCACGGGCAACCGAGGAGGACCACGAACGCACAAGGCGACUUGCUGAUGCUGAGAUGACCAUCCACCAACUAGAAGGCUUUCUGGAGCAAAAAGACAAGGAGAUGCUACAGCUCAGAGAGGAGCUGCACAGACGAUACGAAGCAGCUCCAGAAUCAACGAAGACCAAGGCCCUGCAGACAGUUAUUGAAAUGAAGGACGCAAAGAUCAGCUCUCUGGAGCGUGGCUUGAGGGAGCUAGAGGAGGAGGUGAACAUGCUCAAGUCCAACGGCGCUCUGAGCAGCGAGGAGAGGGAGGAGGAGAUCAAACAGAUGGAGGUCUACAGAUCCCACUCCAAGUUCAUGAAGAACAAGGUUGAGCAGCUGAAGGAGGAGCUCUCUCACAGCCAAUCAGAAAGGGAGCAGCUAAGGCAACGGGCCAAUGAGCUUCAGCGGGAGGUGUCUGCAAUUGAUCAAGCAAAGCAGGACCUGAGUCGUAAGGACAGUGAGCUAUUGGCUCUCCGGACCAAACUGGAGACUCUGAACAAUCAGUUCUCUGACAGCAAACAACACGUGGAUGUCCUCAAGGAGUCGCUCACUGCAAAAGAACAGAGAGCUGCCAUCCUCCAGACUGAGGUGGAUGCUUUGCGUCUCCGUCUGGAAGAAAAGGAAUCUCUCCUCUCUAAGAAGAGUCAGCAGAUAUCGGAGCUGACAGAGGAGAAAAGCACCCAGCAAGGAGAGAUCACUGACCUCAAAGACAUGCUGGAUGUCAAAGAACGAAAGGUCAAUGUACUGCAAAAGAAGAUAGAGAACCUCCAAGAUCAGCUGAGGGAUAAGGAGAAACAGCUGAGUGGUCUGAAAGACAGGGUCAAGUCUUUGCAGACAGACACCUCCAAUACUGACACAGCACUGGGAACGCUGGAGGAGGCUCUGGCUGAGAAGGAGCGGAUAAUAGAGCGGUUGAAGGAGCAACGGGAGAGGGAGGACAGAGAAAAGGGUGAGGAGGUGGAGUCCAGCAAGAAGGAGCUGAAGGAGCUGAGGGAGAAAGUCUCCCAGCUGCAGGGCGACCUGGCUGACCGUGAGUCGUGUGUGCUGGAUUUGAAGGAGAAGGCCUCCUCUUUGGCCUCCUCAGCACUGAAGAAGGACAACAGGCUGAAGAGUCUGGAAAUUGGCCUGGAGCAGAAGAGAGAAGAGUGCGUCAAGCUGGAGAACCAGCUGAAGAAGGCUCAGAGCGCGGCGGCGGAGUCCCAGGCCAACGCUGAACUCGCCGAGCGCAUCGCCUGCCUGGAGCAGGAAGUGACCCAGCACAAGGAGGACGCCGCGAGGGCCCAGACUGAAGUGGAGCGACUUCUAGAGAUCCUGAGGGAGAUGGAGAAUGAGAAGAAUGAUAAGGAGAAAAAGAUCCACGAACUGGAGAGUCUUGCCUCAAGGCAGAUGAAGGACCAGUCGAAGAAGGUGGCCAACCUGAAACACAAGGAGCAGCUGGAGAAGAGCAGGAACGCCCAGCUGAUGGAGGAGGCCAAGAAGAGAGAGGACAACAUGAAUGAGAGUUCUCAGCAGAUAAAAGACUCCCUCCGACAGAAGGACGAGCGCAUCGAGGAGCUGGAGGAGGCACUGAGGGAGAGUGUGCAGAUCACAGCGGAGAGAGAAGUGGUGCUGGCGCAGGAGGAGCAGGCGCGCACGCAUGCCGAGAGACAGAUGGAAGACCUGCUGGUUGCCAUGGAGAAGGUCAAGCAGGAACUGGAGGUGAUGAAAGCCAAGCUGUCAUCAACACAGCUCUCACUGGCCGAAAAGGAAGGUCACCUGACCGCCCUGCGGGCCGAGAGACGGAAGCACCUGGAGGAGGUUCUGGAAAUGAAGCAAGAAGCACUACUGGCAGCGAUCAGUGAGAAAGACGCCAACAUUGCCCUGUUAGAGCUCUCGUCAUCCAAGAAGAAGAAAACCCAGGAAGAGGUGGCGGCUCUGAAGAGGGAGAAGGACAGUCUGGUUCAGCAGCUCAAACAGCAGACUCAGAACCGGAUGAAGCUCAUGGCAGACAACUACGAGGACGACCACCUAAAGGUCUCGUCUCCGCACUCAGAGGAGCCCAACCAUCACAAGCCCUCCCCAGAGCAGAUCCCCCCCCCUCUCCUGGACCUCCAUCAGAAUCACAGCAAGCUGAAGCUGUACAUCAGCCACCUGACAUCGCUGUGUCAGGAGCGGGACCCAGUCAUACUGCAGGACUUCGCCCCGCCCCCGGCCUACCACCGCUCUGACUCCGCCUCCUGGCACUCACAGCUGCACAGCAUGACACAGAAACAGCUGGAGGCGGAGCUAGAGCUGUGGGAGAAGGAGGGGGCGGAGCUCCAGGAGUACGCCGCCCAGGUCCUGCAGCAGAUCGCUGACCACUGUCCCGACAUUUUGGAGCAAGUUGUCAACGCCUUGGAGGACAGCAGCUGACCCGAUGAUGGAGACCAAAAGAAAUAAGUGCUCAUUAGCUCCGGAGUCGCAAUGAAAACAUGCACCAAACCAUCGUGUCUGCAGCUCCUCUCGCUCAGCUGAGCAAAUGAAAUUACUGUUGGAAACCUCCUCCUCACCCUUCUUCUGUUUUCAGCUCCACCUGUUAAAUGUUCACAUAGAGAAAAGGGGAACCACACGAAUUAAUGUUAAAAAAGUAGAAAACUAAUAUUCCACUGUGUCUUUAGUCCUUGGCGCCGGCUGAGGGCAUCAGUGCUAGACGUGUUCAGCGUGUUGUCUCUGACUUCCUGUGUGGGACGCUCGCGGCGGCCAUCUUGUGUCCAUCCACACAGACAGACGUUAGACCUACAUGUGUGACCCGCGAGAAACAUUUAAAGCUACACGCGGGCGAGUGUGAGUUGCUUCUGGUGUUAAACUUUCGCGCUGUUGCCACUUUGAUGUUCGAUCAGCUCAGACACAGAGGCGUGUUGAUUUCAGCUGCCUUCCGCUCUUUUAAUCAUUUGCUGCUACGUUUUAGCUAUUACUGUUUUUUUUUUUUCUUCAGGUAUCUGAUGAAACAUCCCCACUUGUAGUUUCUUUCAGCAGUAAACUGAUGGAAAAGAAAGAGAGAUGGGCUUAAUUAGCACAAACAGGUUUCAUCAGGGGAACAGGACGGGUUCAUCUCGUGUUUUCCAGAGAUGAUGAAAGGCGCAAACUAGAAACAAAUCUCGCAAUAUUCCCUUUAUUAGGUGUUGAUGGUUUGUGCUUAAGGAUAAUUGUUCAGUACAGCAUCCAUUCUGAAAGUCAGAUUCCCUUUUGUGACAAUCCCUUUAGAUUUAACGUGAGGAGAAUCCUUAAACCUUCUAUAAAACAAUUGUUAUAUAUUUUUUUGCUUUUGCAUCAUACAGUAUAUAUAAAUAUAAAACAGAAUUGUUUAGUUGAAAAAUCUAAUUGAAUGUUAUAUGUCAAAAUCUUUCAUUUUAGUGAUUUGACAGCGAUCUGUCCCGACCACAGGAGACUGUUACUCUGUUAUUGGAAGCAUGUGCUGCACCCAUAGAGGCUCUGUGUCCAGUGGGAUGCACGUUGACCUGCUCUGCUCGUUCAUGCCGCUGCUGCAUGCUUCCCAUAGCAUGACCCAACGCUUCCCUCCUGGUUUCCAGCCCCGACGUCCACUCCGCGUGCAGAGGGGGCGCCUGCUGCUGGACACAGAGCCCGGGGGCGGAUGCACUCGCUCGCUCACAUGGACCCGCGUCGCCCCGUCUGGCGCCGCCUCCGUCAGCGUCACCAGUGAGAGUCUGCGUGAAACGCCGUCAGAUACGAGCUCGUGUCGUGAAUCCGGUAUUAUUUUGUGGUCUGUUUUCUAAUGACAGCGUUUUGUCUUCGAUGACGGUGAUGACUGUGGAUUAAAACCCUGAAUGAGAGAGUGGAAUAAAAUACGGAUUUAUCUUUA